UCCGGCGGUGGUUCCAGCUGUUGACUCGGUUUAUUCGUCUGGGUUGUCGUUCUGCUGCGCAUCCCUUCGCUCAGGACCAAGAUGUCCUCCGGAGUCGAAGACAAGGUUCGCGUGAAAGUUGAUGAAGAGGUUGAGUUCCUGUUAACGCAGGAACAGCUCCGGAUGAUGGACAUAUCCUCGAAAGACGGAGAUUCCUUCUAUUCUUGUGUCACAAGCUGCAAUGAUGGCAGUUUCCAGGAAUACGAUUCAGCGUUGCUCCUGGCUUCAGAUCAAGAGGAAAGUUCCUACGUGCCGGAAUACGAGGACAUCACUCCAGUGCCUUCAGAAAGCGAAACGACUCCGUCCACGAGUUUUGCGUCAGAAACUCCCGGAAAGUCGCGAGAAACAUUGAAAUUCGCCACGCCAUCCCCUCGGAAGCUCGAGGCUAUAGCUCUAGUUUCGGCGAGAUUCAAUCUAAUCCAUCCACCUGAAAUAAAAAUCACGCCUGCAACACCACAAGGGCUCACUGGGGAAGAUCACGGUACUGAUUCCUCGACUACCGCGCCGCUUCCCACGGAUACCUCAAGCACAGUUCCUGUGGUCGAGAGGGUUCCGACGAAAGUCUCGAACUCGGCUACCAUUCUCGAAAUCGAUGAGGGUGGAAACCGAUGCGUUGACCGAGGAGGAGGAUCGACUCCGACGACUAAGGUGGAGGAGAACUCCCUACCCGGAAGCGAUAAGCGGCUACAUCUCGAUAUCAUUGCUGAGAAGCCACCAUCCAGAGCGAUCCGACCUCCAACAGAGAGCUACACAACCAAAGAAAAUCGCGCGCCAGAACCGCUUCCCGAGAGGGAUCAGCUCGAUGCUUCGCUCGACAUAAGUUUGAUGUCGUCUCGGCUCAUGAAAAAUCCGAGACCAAAAAGACUCCAAGAGCAGAGCUUCAAGGGAAGUCCUGUUCAGCUAUCGAAAUUUGUUACCCCCAAUAAAUCCAAGGUCACAUCGAAAGUUGCGGAAUUCAUCAGAACGGGUGCAAUGAGCGCGGGAAAGAAAGCGAAACAAACGCCCACGCUGAAGACCGCGUCGGGAGCUUCGCGAAUCCCGAAGAAGUGCUUCAUACAGAGCGCUAGAGUGUUCGGGAAACAAAUUGUGCCGGAGAAUCUCAUGAAAUCGCCGAAACCCUUGAUAACGAUACAUAAGCACACGGCAAGCGACAAAAACCGACGAAUCCACAUCAAUGAGAGCGUGUACGAGACUUUCGAGGCGGAAACCGCGAAGAAAUGACCAGACGAGCUUGACCAUUACUCAUUCACUCCCUCAGCCGGAGGGAGGAAACUGUUUCCUUCAUGGCAGGGAUCAUCGGGGACGUGUCGAUUGUGAUUUGUUGAGGUCCCCGACAGAAGCAUUAUUCAGCCUUCGAUGCUCUUGUGGAUCAAUGCUCGAGGCCGAUGAUGAGUGAGCGGCGUUUUUACCUCCGUCAGCCUCUGUGUGGAACUCUUGUCCAUGAUUCCCUCCGUAGAAAUUCCGCAUAGCUUGUCAACCUAAGGAAUCGGAGCAGUUUUCCGAAACUUCGAGGAGGACUGAAAUUUUGGAAUUCGUUUGUCAGAUAUUCCGCGUUUACCUUAAAGAUAGUCUCAUAAUCCCAGUUCAAGGUCAAUAAACUUAUCGUAAAGCCCCGAGGAGGACAGU